AUGCCAACCCUCACGUCGAUAGCAAAGGACCGGGUGGCAAUGUAUAUCCCGGCUGUCAGCACAUGCCAAUGUCACAAGGAUGAGCCUCCGCCUUGGACAGGGGAAAUUCACGGAUUGUCUCAGGCCUUAAUGUCCGAGUCAAUCCCGCUUCGCGCCUUCUGGUGGCUGAUGCUGGUGAUGUGCAUCAUCUGUGGGGUUACUACCACAACUCUCGUCGUUUUGGAAUACAUUGAAGGACCCACACAGACUUCAACAACAAUACGAUUGGUGGACAGUCUCGAACUGCCAGGGAUUACGAUUUGCCCGAAGGUUCCCGACAUUUUCGAUGAAGAGCCACUAUUUCGAGACAUUUCCGCUUCACUACCAAAUCUAACAUACGAUGUCCAGUUGGACGUUGUUAGAUACUUCAUCGCUGGCAAUGGCCUCGAAAAUAUUGAUGCAAUCUCGAGAUAUAAUGCCUCUUAUCUUCAACAACUUGAUCUAUACUAUCGCUUGUGGUCUCGCGGGUAUUCGACACAAGAGUUUUUCUACUUGAUACAUGACAAAUACGGGUACACCUGCGAGCAAUUUUUCUAUAGCUGCAAUUUUGGAGGGAAUGCCAAGAAUUGCUGCACAGAGGUUUUUGCUAAAAAGAUCGUCAUCCGGCGCGGCGUCUGUUUUCAAACCCGGGCAGCGUUAAAUCAGACUGAGGCAGACGACGUCGGGCGUUUAGUCCUGAGCAUGAGAGCUCUGAGGACCAUGACCUCUCCAGAAUAUAAUUAUACUCAACCUCAACUACUCGUUUACGUCACAGACAAUCAUGAUAUAGUGUCGGAUGAGGCUGACGGCGAGGUUCAUGGAACUCAUCCAGAGCAACGACGUGUGCACAAACAAGUUGUUCGGAAAAGACGCAGAAUGCGUGAUUCGACGAUGGCUGGAUUGCCGGCUGGGAUUGAGGUCUGCGAUCCGGCCAUUAUCGUUGAAAAUUACUACAAUCACAUCCAAUUGGUUUGGGAUAAUGCAAAUGUGACGGAAAACUGUAUUCCGGGCUGUAAAAGAUGGGACUACACAGUAUCCCUGCAGCAAAAUCCAAAUAUCGAUCGAUUUAUCGAUUACGCAUACAAUUUGGAAGUUUCUUAUAAUGAUUUACAGUACGAGUACGUGAAAGAAUCCUACACAACUUCCGUGCCGGGUUUCAUGUCCCAAAUUGGAGGUCAAUUCGGCUUCUUCCUCGGCCUGUCGAUCAUCACCUUCCUGCAAAUGCUCAUCUACUGCAUACACUGGAUAGCGGUUACAGUUGCCUCUAAAAUGCAUCGUAUCUACCGUACCUUUUCGUCGGUUACGGCAUCGGAGAAGCCGACUUCUUACUCCCUCCCAAAUCUCCCAUACCGAGCCCAUCACCUCGACGUGCUUCCUGGUACCGAAGAACCCGUCUCUGAGCCCGGAACUGUGAGAAGCGACAGCUGGGAGUUGCAGGAACUCAAAGAGGAAACGCCAAAGCUUGCGAAACUCGCAGAAUUCGAGCAGGACGUCUCCGAA